AAACCCCGGUUCCGAUGUCAAUACAUUUUGGAUUAGCUCGAAUAUCGAAAUUGCCACUAUAGGGUCCGUCUCAGUCUUCAUUCAAGUCUAACGCAGCGUUGUGUUGUCACAAGCGAGAAAACCCAACCUCAAGCAAGAGCGAAAGCUUCUUCUUCCUCUUCAUCAUUCUUCUUCUGCUAUGGCUAAUAAUAAUCGACACACGAUUAUUCUAAUCCAAACUUCUCAGAACAGAGCAACCAGAACUUUCAAGGAUUAUAAUACAGUAUCUCUAGCUAUGGAUGGCAUAUGUGCAAUGUAUGAAAGAAAGCUGAAGGAGUUGAAUCCAGCCGUCAGAAAUCUCUCUUAUGAUAUUACGGAUCUCUACAACUUCAUAGACGGUCUUGCUGACAUGAGUGCUCUAGUUUAUGACAGUUCAAUUCUUGCUUACUUGCCGUUUGACCGAGAGUGGAUUAAGCAACAGACCUUUCAACAUUUGAAGAAAUUGGCUCAUUGAUUGAACCCCAAAGUUUUAGCAAUUAGAUGUAAAGGAAAUCGCCGAGGGAAGAACUUAUCUGUUAUGUGGGCUAUCCUUUGAUGGCUCUGUUACUUAAUAUGAUUAUUGCACAUACUGUUGGUGCGUUUUUAUGAUAUCAAUAUCUAGUACUAGCAAAGUUUCAGAAACAAGUGAUUUAAACAUGGCUUAUUUUAUCCUUGUCAAGUGUUAUAUAUCUAGAAAACUUGACCUUGUUAAAAAAUGUUCAUCUUGUACUAUAUAAUAAUAAGUUGCCCUGUUUGUUUA